GGAAGCGCGGCCGGGCCGGAGCCGGUGGCGGCGGCGCGCAGAUGGCGGAGUGCGGGCCGCAGCCCCCCGGGGGUGGGAGCGGGGCUGCGGGGGCGCCGAGCCGGCACGAGAAGAGCCUGGGGUUGCUGACCACCAAGUUUGUGUCGCUGCUGCAGGAGGCCAAGGACGGCGUGCUCGACCUCAAGCUGGCUGCAGACACCUUGGCCGUGCGCCAGAAGCGGCGAAUCUAUGACAUCACCAACGUGCUGGAGGGCAUCGGCCUGAUUGAGAAGAAGUCCAAGAACAGCAUCCAGUGGAAAGGGGUGGGCCCUGGCUGCAACACCCGCGAGAUCGCUCACAAGCUGAUCGAGCUGAAGGCAGACAUCGAGGACCUGGAGCAGCGUGAGCAGGAGCUGGAGCAGCAGAAGAUGUGGGUGCAGCAGAGCAUCCGCAACGUCACCGAGGACGUGCACAACAGCAGCUUAGCAUAUGUGACACAUGAGGACAUCUGCAAGUGCUUCACAGGAGAUACCCUCCUUGCCAUCCGAGCCCCCUUGGGCACACGUUUGGAGGUGCCCAUCCCUGAGGGCCUCAAUGGGCAGAAGAAGUACCAGAUCCACCUGAAGAGCACCAGUGGCCCCAUUGAUGUGCUCUUGGUCAACAAAGACGCUUGGAGCUCCCCUCCUGUGGUGCUCCCUGUCCCUCCCCCUGAGGACCUCAUCCAGUGCCAAGCUGCCACACCCUCCAAGCCACAGAUCCCAGCACCCACCCAACUGCAGGAGGCUUCAGUUCCCAGCAGCACCCAGCCCUCCACACCAACCCCCACCAGCACUCAGGACCACGGCUGCCCCGAGCAGAAAACCAGCAGCACAGGAGGCAGUGUGCCAGCAGCAGAGCCCAGGAGCAGUGAGCUGGAGCCCCUGGGCAGCGCAGCAGCCAGCUUGGACACUCAGGCACUGCAGUCCUCUGCCUCCCUGGACAGCAGCUCCAUCCUGCCCAGCCCCUCCACCUCCUUCGAGCCCAUCAAGCCUGACCAUGCUGGUGUACUGGAGCUUCCCAAAGAGUUGUCAGAGAUGUUUGAUCCAACCAGAGAAUGUAUGAACUCUGAGCUGCUGGAGGAGCUGAUGUCCUCUGAAGUGUUUGCUCCCUUGCUGCGCUUGUCCCCUCCGCCUGGAGACCACGACUACAUCUACAACCUGGACGAGAGUGAGGGUGUCUGUGACCUCUUCGAUGUGCCUGUCCUCAACCUCUGAGCCGCCCCUGUGGGCACAGCCGCUGCUGGGACUCUGCCAAGUGUCUGGGUUUGGAUUCCUUCUGUGCUGGAGCUUGAUGGGGGAGCUGCUCAGAGAUGCUCUCCUGUGGACUUAGAACCAAGAGCUGUGGACUUGCAGGUUGGGAGCCUCCCUGUAGCUUCUUCCUCUUCCUCUGCUGCCCGUGCAGGGUGCGUGUGCCCCCUGGCCCGCAUCUUCCUCUCUACUGCACCCUGGGCCUCACUUCACAGGUGCUGUGUUUGAGUCUUCUCAGUUCACCCACAGAAUUUGCCCACCUGCUUCUGAGCUUCCUCAUUGCUGCCUGCCUUGGUUUUGUCCUGCACUGCCAGAGGCACUUUGCACCUCGUAGGUGCCAUCUGCUGCCAGGAGCCCUGCAGCUGUGGUCAGUCCCACAUCCAGAGGUAGUUCACUGGAUUGCUGAGCAGGUCAGGCUGGGGUGGUUGUGCUGCUGAGUGACAGCCAGGAGGCAACACAUUGGCACCCAGUGGCCAUUUCUUCAGUGGCUGCAGGCCAAGCUGGGAUGUUUGCCAAGGAAAAGCACUUUUUUGUUUUUAGCCAGUUGUGGCUCCUGGUGGGAUUCAGGAGCUGUGUUGCUAUCAGGACCCAGGUAUGCUGGUUCUGCCCAGCCAGGAGCCUGGGAGCUCUGGCUCCAUGGGCAGCAGCUGUGCUGGGUUUCACAGGGCUCAAGAAGAGGUGCCAGUGGGGGGUUUGAGCUGUGACUUGUUCUAACCCGAGUGAUGUGUGAAAGGGUGAGACUGCUCCAGCCAGUGCCUCCAAGGUACUCCAAGUACACCAGAGCCUGCUCAUAUCUGCAGUCUCCAACCACUGCAGCUGAGCCUUCAGCGGUCUGGAGGCAUCCCAGCAGUAACCAUCUGGCAGUGCUCUGUGUCUGGGUGUUGCCAGAAGAGUGCUUUGUACCCUCCCCUGUUUGUCUCUGGACAUCUGCUCAGGAUCAGGCUUUCUGUAUAUUUGAACUGCUCCUCCAGUGCCCAUCCCCACGCUCCCAAUUCCUGAUCCUGCAGCAGGUCGCUUCCUAGUGUGGAGCUUUCUCUGCGUCCUUUUCCUGCCAGAUGCUCUCCAUCUCUUUCUUCUUGCCCUCUGUGGUGGAUGUUCCGCUCUUGACUUCCCUGGAGUGAUGAGAUGGCAGCAGCCUUGGACCCUGGAGUGCAACACCACCAUGUAGUGCUGUGCUUCCUGCUCAGAUGCUGUGUUUGGUUGUCUCCAGCUCUGGUGCUAGCAGCUGUCCUGCCUUUCCUGCUCCACCAGCUGCCAAGGAGACAGCUGGGCCAGGAGCAUGCUCAGCACUGAAAGCAGGUGGUUUUCAGCCAUCCUUGUGGUUUGCUGAUGCUUCACUUCUCCUUAGCUCACUGCCUGUGCACCACAGGAGCAGCUGGAGCACCAGCAACCAGGGAUGUGAAGCCACAGAGGUGAGCAGAGUUCUGUACUGGGGACCUGCAUCCCCAAGGUGGCUCCUUGGGCCAUCCUGGUCAGUGUGGGACUCCUCCAGAAGAGCUGCUCCUCUCUGCAGCUCCAAGCACAGGCAUCUUCUUAGGAAAAGUGUGAAGAACUUCAGAGGAAUGUUGGGAUACUCUCUAGUGCCAGCUGCUGCCCAUGGAGGGGUGCACGUCUAGCUUGCAUGCAGCAUGACCCCAAACUGUCGUCCCCUGGCAUGGGAGCUGGCCAGAACCCCUUCAUCCCCUGCCUGUUAGCUGCCUCCAUGACCGUGGUGUAGCCUGAGCUCUCCAUGUCCUGCCUGGCCCUUGCCCUCCUCCCACCUGCCACCAGUUAGACCACCUGCAGAAAAGGGUUAGAGAAGAAUUUCUGUUGCAGAUGAACUUUGGGUUCCUACAUAAAGAUUAUUUUUAUACUUUUUUUUUUUGCAAGGAAAGAAAAUUUGCCUGUAAAAUUUGUACAGUUCUCUGAUGUGAAUAAACAG